GUUGACUUCAGCAGCUUUGCAGCCCCUCCAAGCCGUUUUUGAGUCGUUCAAAAUGGGCCCCAAGGGCUUCCGCUAGCAAUAAAGUGCAGAAAAUACACGUGAUAUAUUCUUAGACAAUGAUCCCCUAUUUAUCGCCAUGUUCAUGGCAUACUCAUUCUUUAAUCACACAUCCUACGAGCACUAUGUCAAACACCACCGAGCAAAAGAAAAUGAUCGAUGACUACCUCCAACAACUGCAAACUGCUCAUGACAUCCAACCAGAGCUUAUUUCGGACUUGUCAGCUGCACUUAUUGCGUCCUUCGCCAGCGCAAACUCGGAGGACAGCAAGACGCUUGUCAGGACCCAACAAGGAGAAUUUCUCGAGCGCUGCGCCGUUCUGCUAUCAAAGGAUCCUUCAGCUGAUGGAUCUUCAAAUGAGAAGGGCGACCCAAUUUUGCAGGUUCAAGGAAUGGUCCUCAAGUCACUCCUUCGAAUGGCCAUGAAUGAUACACCCUUUGUCGACGCGCUGUUCGAGAGCAGAGCAUAUCCCGCCAUCCUGCGCCUUCCUAGCACUGUCUCGACAUCAACUGCCACCGCAUCUGGACCACAAACGCCAUCAGUCACAGUAGGCCAGAAAGUAACGCGUCCCGGAGAUUUAAAGCCCAUGGUGGCCAUCCUUCUAGCCAAGGCAUUUGAGACCGCGUCAAACAAGGAUCACGUUCGCAACAGGAGUACUGAGAUCGUUCUGGCGGACAUUGGAUCGGACAAGCUCAAGAUUCGCUCUGCAGGAUUUACGGCAUUGGGUUUAAUCGUACAGACGGAUAUGGCCAUUGGCUGUGGCAUUCUGAAUAAGGAGGGAUUACUUGUCGAAUUGAUGGACUGUAUCGAGCUGGAACCCGAGAAUAUUCAGAUCAUCUUGGCCGAGAUACUUUCGAUGGCCUGCGCGGACGCCAAGACGAGGACAGCGGUGGCACUUCACUGUUCCGAGUUUCUAAAAUCGAUUGUUCUGAAGGGAGCGACCAAAAACCAGCAUCUGAAGGGAGCGGCGGCCGUUGCCUUAACCAAGAUCUCGUUGGCGGACUCGCGGAAAGAUCCAUCGACUGGACUGAACGGCAUUGAGGAUACAUCGAAUGAUCGUUCUUCCAAGCUAUCAGAGAACAAUGUGGACGAGGAAGCCCAGCUUGCAAAGUUGUUUUCAACACUCCUCAAGGACGACAGGAACGAUAACAAUGCCGGAAUCCAGCUGAAUGCCGUUGAGGGUCUCGCGUACGCCAGCAUCCAGCCAGCAGUGAAACACCUCAUCAUAUCAGACAGGGCCCUACUUCUGUCCCUGUUUCAGCUUGGAGAGGAAACCAAAAGCAACCCACUCAAGUAUGGACUGAUCGUCAUUUUCAACAACCUCACGACGUUCAGGAAGCGACUCAGUCCGGAACAAGAGCAAAUGCUUAAGCUGAAGAAAAUGGCAGGAACACUUCCCAAAAGCGACUCCAAGCGCUUGCAGAGUCAGGACGACGACGACCCAUUGGAUAGCGAGGCGGUUGUUAACCAGCGGAACAUCGCCCUGGUCAAGCUAGGGAUCAUGCCUGCGCUUCAUGCAAUCGGAAACCAGGCAUCAGAGACCAUCCGACAGAGUUUGGCGCAGGUGCUGAGGAACCUCAUUACACCAACAGAGACACGAGGAUUGCUUGUCCAGCAGGGCGUUGUGCGACUUUUGAUGCCCAUAUCAUUACAGCAGCAACAAGGGCAGCAACAACAACCCAUCACAGAAUCAACCAGGGCAUCAGCAGCACAGGCCCUCGCCAAACUAUGCAUCACCUUGGACCCGCGCCUGACUUUCAAAAACCAGCGGAUACCAGAGUUGGUCAAACCGCUUAUCUGGCUAUUAGAGAGUACGGAUCAGCUAUGCCAGUUUGAGAGUUUAAUGGCAUUAACGAACCUUGGGUCCAUGGGCGACGUUCAGGUACUGGGUCUUAUCGUACAGGGUGGAGGAGUUGAGAAGAUGGAGAACUUGCAGUUCUCAGAGCACAUUUUGGUUCGACGUGCAGCGACAGAGGCUCUCUGCAACAUGAUCUUUUUUGAGCCAGUAUUUGAGCUAUACAGCGAUCCAAAGAAGAGCGCAAGCAAGAUCCAUUUGAUUUUGGCACUGUGCGACGCUGAUGACUUUAUGACCAGGAGAGCGGCAUCAGGAGCGCUGGCGGUGCUUUCAACCAGUCAAGAUGUGUGCAAUAUGAUCAUGGCACAGGAGCGUGGACUGGAGAUCCUUCGAAGCCUGAUCGCACUUGGAGUACCCACAUCCAAUGCGGACGCUGACGAGGCUGAGGCCAAGGCUAUUGAGGACGUGAUGUCGGACCAGGAAACAGUUGUCGACCACGCGGUGGCAGUGGGCAGGAUGGAUGAACUGCGCCAUCGUGGGGCAGAGUGCUUCAAGAACCUAGUGACGAUCGGCGGCAAGGAGAUCAGUCAAAAAAUAGCAUCACAUGGUGGGAUCCAACAGCUGGCGAACCUGAUCCAGACGAGCAGCAGUGAGGCUGUACGGUACUGUGCUAUGGAGGCACUCAAGGGCAUGUCGGACCAGGGGAUUAAGCUUACGGCGUAGUGCUCCUCGCUCCUUGAGGACAGUAUCUGUAUAUACAUACUAGAGAAUAAAGAAAAC